CUUCAUUUGGUAAAACUGAAUUGUUUUAAUUCCUUUGGUGGCGUGGUUGCUUAUUUUCAGGUUCAAGAGUUUGGAGUCUGUGAGGUUCGGGACCUCAAGCCAAAUGGAGCUAAUAUUCUGGUAACUGAGGAGAACAAAAAGGAAUAUGUACAUUUGGUUUGCCAGAUGAGAAUGACAGGAGCAAUUCGGAAACAGCUGGCUGCCUUUCUAGAAGGUUUUUAUGAAAUCAUCCCCAAACGCCUUAUAUCCAUCUUUACGGAGCAGGAGCUAGAACUUCUAAUCUCAGGACUUCCCACAAUAGACAUUGAUGACCUAAAAUCAAACACUGAGUAUCACAAGUACCAGUCUAAUUCCAUCCAAAUUCAGUGGUUGUGGAGAGCUCUUCGCUCUUUUGAUCAGGCAGACCGAGCCAAAUUCCUCCAGUUUGUUACAGGUACUUCCAAGGUACCUCUUCAGGGCUUUGCAGCACUUGAAGGAAUGAAUGGUAUUCAGAAGUUCCAGAUUCACCGUGAUGACAGAUCCACAGACCGCUUACCUUCAGCUCAUACUUGUUUUAAUCAGCUGGACCUACCUGCUUACGAGAGCUAUGAGAAGUUACGCCACAUGCUGCUGUUGGCUAUACAGGAGUGCUCAGAGGGCUUCGGACUAGCAUAAUCCUAAGGGCUAUGCAGCACCACUCCCCACUGUUGUUAUAUUUUCUACUCUCAGACUUGGGGAAGGAAAGAAGAAAAAGGGAAAGUUUUACCCAAAAAAAAACCUUAUCCUAGAACACAAAAAACCACAGAAGAAAGCGUAACCAAUAAAUAAAUUAAACCAAGCUA